AUGGCGGAACUUUCGCAGGGAGACUGCGACAUUGUCAAGAACCAUCCUCUAACCGAUUCAGUUGAUCGUUUACGAGGCGUGUUUCAGGAAGCUAAAAGAAUCUUUGAGUCGCGCCUAAUCUCCUAUGAUGGCGCUGUUGAUAGCCUUGACCAACUCUAUCAAAAUGUGAUUUCAAAGCUUGUCCAUGCUUUACAGGGAGAGGAUGCAGCCUACAGCCUGCGCUCGCGGACAAGGGACGGAAAUAUGGCGCCUGAUCCAGCACACCAAUUCGAGCGCCUCCAAAAGGCCAAAAGGAAACUUUAG